UCUCAGUCAGUGCAUACUGUGAAGUUAUACCCUUUAUUUUUUCAUUCAUAUUUGUUGGGAAAAAUGGCUAGCAGCAAAUUUCGCUCCAUUGAGAGCCCCAUGAAAUUUAAAGAUCAGGAUUACAAAUCCCUGAGAGAUGCCUGUUUAAAGUCUGGUUCUCUCUUCUGCGACACUACAUUUCUUGCUGACCAGAACUCCAUUGGAAUGCCCGUGGAUCCCAACACUGACAAGGUGACAUGGUUACGACCCAAGGAGAUCUGUGACAAUGCUGUAUUUGUGGAGGGCACUAUUGGCACCACAGAUAUCUGCCAGGGCCAGCUGGGUAACUGCUGGCUCUUGGCAGCACUGUCCUGUCUCACCAUGCAUCCUGAGCUUUUUGUAAAGGUGGUUUCAUCUGAGCAGAGUUUGACGGAGGGAUAUGUUGGGAUCUUUUAUUUCCAUUUCUGGCAGUAUGGGGAGUGGGUUGAGGUGGUGGUGGACGAUCGGCUGCCGGUGCGCGGCGGCCGUCUGCUGUUCAGUUACUCCCGCAGCAAAAACGAGUUCUGGAGCGCCCUGGUGGAGAAAGCCUACGCCAAAUUGAUGGGAUCCUACAGCAGUCUGAAAGGUGGUAAUAUCUCAGAGGGGAUGGAGGACUUCACUGGAGGCAUUGCAUACUCACAGCUUGUGUCUGCCUACAAGCCCCCUGUGCUCUGGAGACAACUGACUGCAUCACUGUCUAGAGGGACCUUGCUGAGCUGCUUUAUACAGGCCAAGACCUCGCGUGAGAUUGGGACCAUCACUUCAGAGGGACUAGUGAGAGGUCACGCCUAUGCCAUCACUGACACAAACAAGAUACAAAUAGACUCAACUGAGGUCCUGCUGGUGAAAUUGCGUAAUCCAUGGGGUUUUGUGGAAUAUUGUGGACCCUGGAGUGACAAGUGUAAGAACUGGAAGAAGGUUGCCAAGGCUGAAAUUGAAAAACUCCAGCUUCAAAAUAUGGAGGAUGGGGAAUUCUGGAUUGCAGUGGAGGCGUUCAGUAGCCUCUUUAACAUGGUGGAGCUGUGCAGUGUGAAGCCAGACUCCCUGAGCAGCGACAGUGACUCCGCCUCCUCCUGGUUUCUCACUGAGUACGAAGGCUCGUGGAUCCCGGGCUGCUCUGCAGGAGGCAGCCGCAAAUAUAGACGGUCAUUUUGGAAAAACCCAAACUUUAAGCUAUCACUGACAGCAGCAGAUGUCGAGGGACAGGGUGAUGAUGAUGACGAUGAAGAUGAUGCAAACAGGUCAAACCCAAACUAUCAGCUAUCAAUGACAGCAGCAGAUGUCGAUGGACAGGAUUAUGACGAUGAAGAUGAUGCAAAUGCUGCUGCACAGAAUCAGAAGGAGAAAGGGAAGAAGUGCACGCUGCUGGUGGAGUUGCUGCAGAGAGACCGCAGGAGCAAGAACAAAGUCCAGUUCCUCCACAUCGCCUUCCACAUCUACAAGGUGGAGAACCAAGUGGGUAAGCUGGAUGAGGCAUUCUUCUCAUCCAAUAAACCCGCGGGGCGCUCGGGCAAGUACCAGGCCGUGCGGGGGGUGUAUAACAGAGUACUGCUGGAGCCAGGCAAUUAUGUCAUCAUACCGUCCACCUACAGACCCAACCAGCCAGGGGACUUCUUCCUCCGGAUCUAUGCCAAGACUGGCAAUACACUGGGACGUGAAAAGUUCACAUGCUCCACAAACUUCUUCAUGACUGUGAUGUCAAACCCACCUCUGCCUGAGGACCAAAUGAGAGUGAAUAACUGGUUCGAUCAGGAGGAUGUCUCUGACGACAGACUCGAUGCUGCAGCGUUCAUGAGGCUUGUGAACUCAGUUUUGGAGAAGGACUAUCAUCUUCCUCUGGAGACGUGCCGACAGCUUGUUUUAGGAGAAGAUACCAGAGGAAAGGCCAGGCUGGACCGCACACAGGCUCUCAAGCUGGUGACAUCACUGCGAAACCUACAAUCAACCUUUUUCAAACAUGAUGAGGACUCAUCCGGAACUAUGAGUCCCUUUGAGCUCACUGAAGCCCUGAAUGCAUCAGGUUUGAAGUGUGACAGUGAGGUCGUGAAGGUGGUUUGGGAACGCUUUGGGUCUGGGGAGAUCCAUCUGCCCUUCCAUGGCUUUGUCUCCUGUGUCACCAGGCUGAGAGCACUCCAUGAACUGUAUGAGUCGGAGAAUCUUGAGAAGAAGAAGUCAGGGCUGAAAACUUGGCUGCUGAGACUGCUGGCUUUAUGAGGAUACUCCAGAUCCAGGAUAUUUCAGCCUAUGAUACGAGGGAAUCUACAGUGCUUUAACGCAUGCCUUUCUUUGUUCUUCCUACCAGCCAUGAGACCCCCUAAAAAACAUUUAGGGCCAUACAUUUGAAGGGUCAGUUUGAACUUUUCUAAUCUACAGUAGCCAAUGUCUAAGCCAUAAACACUUGUUUAACGUAGCUAAUAUGUGACCAGCCAAACAGCGUAUGAGGAAUGAUUAUCUGCUCCUGUUUAGCAAAGGCAUGUUCAAAAGCAAAACAUUCUGCUCUGUUUUGCUAAGAUUUCUGGUUUGAACAACAUGUUUGGUCACAAUGGGUGCAACGAUGUGCAACAGACUUUUGAGGCAUUUUUCUCUUGUUCGGUGGGUGUGUCAGAGACACUAUCCUAUCAGCAUCCAUGUGUAUACAAAACCAGCAGCAUGAAAAAGGCAGUGAGCACAGCAGAUCCACCUACAGUCAUUUACCGAUGAAAGAUAAGAAUGAAAAGUUGAAAGGAAGAUGAAACCUACAUUCACAUAGAUUUAAUCGGGCUCAAAAUAAAUGUAGAAAACAAAGCAACUCUUAGAACACUUGUGCCGUCAACUUAAAAAGACAAAUUAUGAAGGCUGAUUAUUGGAGAGGUGUUUAAAUGUUGUAACAAAUUACAUUGUUACAUUGUAACAAAAUACAAUGGAAGAAUUGUAACACCCCUGGGGCCUUGUACACGUGUCUAAUGUUGGCUAGUUUUUGUGUUUAUGCAAGUUCGCCCAAGAGAAAAUACAAGAACAUAGUUGGGAAUAGCCUGCCAUAUAAAUCUGCCACUUCACAGUGAUCAUAUCCCUUCACAUUCCAAUGAAUAUUUUGCUGUCCUCUGAAACUAAUACAAUUCAUAAUCAAUUAUGCAAAAUUAUACAAUUUCUAGUGCUUUUUUAACACUGUGGGCAUGCUGGCUGAAUCUCAAUAGCAAUCUAGAUGUCAUGCCUACUCCAGCAACUCCCAUAGCUCCCAAUCCAAGGGCACACCCAUCCUCCAUUCACAAGACCAAUUAGUUGUGCUUUAUCUUCUCUCAGUUCCAGACAGUACUUUAACAUUGUUGGGUUAUGUGCUGCUGUUAUUAUUCCUCACUGUGAGGUACAUUUUAUCUCUUCAGCUUUUUGUUGUUUUUGGUUGUGCCUACUCCUUGUGAGUUAAUUUUUGUAACUUGCAAGCUUUGUGGAAUAAAUUGCACUUGCAUCCUGUC